GGCUAACAGCAACACACAGUUACAGUAACACAGUAACACAUAACCAUAGACUACACACACGUAACAAUGAACACAGCGUUUUAAUCUCACACUCAUUUAGAAGCUCAGAAACGGUAAUCAAAAUGGGAAGUAAUUUAUCUGGACCAUCUCAUCAUUCAGCUCACAAGACUGUAGACGAGCCAUUUUUGAGAUCGUCCAAUAAGACGAGCGUCCAGCCAGUUGUGACAACGACCGUCGACGUACCUCUAGUGACAGCUGCCAAAAAUAUGUUGGACGCGUCAAUUAUUACACCUACCACUGACGCCAUCGACGUACCUCUAGUGACCGCUGCCAACAACAAAUUUGCUUUGGACCUCUUCAAGAUUCUCUACGAUGGAAACCAGAACCAAAACAAGUUUGUUUCACCUUUUAGCAUUUCUGUUGCUCUGGCCAUGACCCAUUUAGGAGCUCGCGAGGAAACAGCUCAAGGAAUGGCUAAAGCCUUGCGCUGGGAGACAGAUGACGAGGCUAAACUCCAUGAGCAGUUUCAGGCUUAUGUCACACAGCUACAGACACCAAACGAUCAAUACCAACUGUCCACUGCCAAUAGGAUCUACAUAGAAAAAAGCUAUGCAGUUUUAGACGAGUUCAAAAACAAAACAAAGAAAUAUUAUAAUGCAGAGGCUGUGAGUUCAAAUUUUGUGAGUGAUGCUGACAACGAAAGACAUCAGAUCAACAACUGGGUCUCAGAGCAAACAAAAAAUAAAAUCAACGACGUGAUAUCAUCUGGUACCUUGCAUGCACUAACUCGAAUGGUGCUUGUUAAUGCUAUUUACUUUAAAGCCAACUGGAUGUGUCCCUUUGAUGAGAAUUGCACCAGACCCAGACCGUUUAAAGUUUCUCCAACCCAGACCAAAGACGUACAGAUGAUGUCUCAUACAGAUUAUUAUUCCCACGUCAAAGACAAUGAGCUCAAGUGUGAAGCUCUUCAACUUUAUUACAAAGAAAAAGAAUUAGCCAUGGUCAUCAUGCUUCCCACCACCGAUUUUGGUCUCCAAGAUGUUAUAGCAAGCUUGACGUCUUCAAAACUACAAACAUUGACAAGUUGUCUAAAAACAUCAGAUAAACAGAUACAUCUUAGUCUCCCCAAAUUUGAGGUAACCAGCAGCUUCCAGCUAAAAGAUCCCUUGUCUAAACUUGGCAUGGCUCAUGCUUUUGAUGCUUCAAAAGCCAAUUUCAGUGGCAUAUCAGGGGUGAAUGACCUGGUUAUAUCUGCCGUUGUCCACAAGGCUUUUGUUAAGGUCAACGAGGAAGGGACGGAGGCGGCUGCUGCUACUUCAUUAAUCAUGGACGGAUGCCUCCGAUUGCAACCUGCUCUGUUUACUGUAGACCAUCCCUUUUUAUUUGUCAUUAGAGAUCUUCGUACCGAUGGAAAUAUUUUGUUUAUGGGUCACAUUUGUGAUCCUUGAGGUUCAUGUCUCACAUUUGUGAUCCUUGAGGUUCAUGUCUCAC